UAUCGCGAACAAGAUUUGUUAAAAAUUUUCUCAGCGUGCGGUGAAGUGGUGGAGGUCAGUUUGCCUCGUAAAUAUAAGGGAGGUCCAUUACGCGGAUUUGCAUGCAUACAAUACAGGAAACGUGAAGAGGCAGAAAAGGCGAUUAAUGAAUUAAAUGAGACGAAACACCAUGGUCGUACAAUAGCUGUUGAUUGGUCAUUACCAAAAGAUAAAUAUUUGGAGGCUAUGGGAGCGUUUCAAGCAAAGUUAGCUGGCGAUCCAGGAAACGGGCCAGACAGAGCGCAUGAAGAUCAGAUUAAGGAUGAGGAUAUUAGGAGUUUUGAUGAAGAGGAAACCGAAGACGAAAGCGAAAAUGGCUCCGUCCUGGACGAGGAUCAUGUUAUGGCGGAUAUCGAUUCUGAAGAUGAUAAAAGUGCGGAAGAAACUGAGGAAAAGGACGAUGAUGACGAAAUUAUGACAGAUGCAAAGGAUGAUGACAAUUCUGAAAAUCACAGGUCAACUGGCACAAUAAAAAGAGAAACUCAUCCUCCCUCGGAGGGCAAUGUUUUAUUUAUUCGUAAUCUUGCUUUUGAGGCUACAGAAGAAGAGCUUGGCGCCAUAUUUAAGAUUUUCAGACCCAUCGUACAACGUGAAUUUGGAUUUACUUUUGAUGUUAAUAUCAUUGGACGUGGAUAUUAUCCUCAGGGCGGAGGAGAGGUUAUGUUACGCGUUGACCCAGUAGUUGGAAGAGCUUUAAAUCCAAUAAAGAUGGUUGACCGGGGUACCAUCGUUAAUAUCAAGGGGCAAACGAGUAAGCAUUACGAAUACGCCCGUUCAGGUAUCUCUGACCCAACAUUACCUGAAAUCAGCGGGAUCAAACCUGACAUAGAAAUAAAUGUCGAAAAGGCUGUUAGCAAAGGGUUUGACUUAUUAUUAUGGGCAGAGACUAGUACUGGGUGCAUAAUGAGUGGCAGUGCAGUUGGAAGUAAAAGACAAUCUCCGGAGGAUGUUGGAAAGAGAGCUACCGAAGAACUUUUGCAAAAUCUUAGGCACGGUGGAUGCGUAGAUGAAUAUCUCCAAGAUCAACUGAUCAUCUUUAUGUCACUUGCCGAAGGAAAAUCUCAAUUGGUCACGGGUCCGAUAACUCUGCACACUCGUACAGCCAUACAUUUUGCCGAGAAAAUGUUGGGGAUAAAAUUUCAAAUAUCCAAACUUGAAUCACAACAAUAUGUUAAAUUGGAAGAUGAUGCACCCGACGAAGCAUAUGAUGGUGGCCCGUUCAUUAUAGAAUGCGAGGGUGUAGGGUUAAAAAUCGUCAAUGACAACGCGCAACAGACUGCGUAA